AUGGGAUCGCAAGACACCUACAAUGGCAAGGCAGCGCUUAACGAUGCGCGCGACUGGUCUCACCUGUUUAGCGCCGAGAGCGCAUCACGAAAGCCCUCCGUGAUGCAAGCAAUGCAUGGGAUUUUGGCCCAGCCAGGGAUUCGGUCUCUCGGCCCCGGAGCUCCUUCCACUGAGUACUUUCCUUUCUACAGCAUGGACUUUGAAGUCGGUUCGACGGACGCCUUCGAGACCGUCGGCAUGAAGAUCCCCGACACGACGACUGCCAUCCACGCCGGCAAAUACGACAACACGACCGGCACCAGCAUCUACGACCUGGAGAUCGCCCUCCAGUACGGACUGGGCACCGGGUCCAAGCAGCUGGUCAAGUUCCUGACCGAGCAUGUCCAGCUCACCCACAACCCCCCUUACCGCAACUGGCAAACCAUCCUCAGCGCCGGCACCACCUCCGCCUUUGAGAUCGUGUUGCGCAUGCUCGGUCAGCCCGGUGAAUACCUCCUCGUCGAGCAGCACACCUAUACCACGGUGUUCGAGACCGGCCUGCCCCUGGGCUGGAAGUUCGCGCAGGUGCGCAUGGACAACGACGGCCUGCUGCCCGACGACCUCGACGACCUCCUCUCCACCUGGGACGAGAAGUCCCGCGCUGGCCCAAAGCCACGCGUCUUGUACACCAUCCCGACGGGGCAGAACCCUACGGGCAUCACACAGCCUCUCCCCCGACGCCAGGCCAUCUACCGCGUCGCGCAGAAGCACAACCUCUUCAUCCUCGAAGACGACCCCUACUACUUCAUUCAGAUGCCCGUCUACAACCCUGCCACUCGCGGCACACCCACCCCCGUCCCCUCCCUCCUCCCCAGCUACCUCAGCCUCGACACCGACGGCCGCGUCCUGCGCAUGGACUCCUUCUCGAAGAUCAUCGCGCCCGGCGCGCGCAUGGGCUGGGUGACCGCCCCGGCGCAGGUCAUCGAGCGCAUGGUGCGCACGCACGAGGUCUCCGUGCAGAACCCCAGCGGGUUCUCGCAGAUCGCUAUGUUCAAGCUGCUGCACGACAGCUGGGGCCAUGCAGGGUUUGCGCGCUGGCUGGCCCAUCUGCAGGGCGAGUAUGCGAAGCGCCGCGACGCCCUGUUCGAGGCUUGUGAUGCCCAUCUGCCGCGCGAGAUCGUCUCCUGGGUGCCCCCGACGAGUGGCUUUUUCGCUUGGAUUCAAAUCGACUGGAAGAAGCAUCCUCAGGCGGGCGAUCGGUCUGCACUGCUUGUAGAGAGACAGGUGUAUGAUGCGGCUAUUGCCUGCGGGGCCCUCGUUGUCCCUGGAAGCUGGUUUCUGCCGGAUGAAGGGGCAGGGGGCAUGGAUGAGGUGUUUUUUCGGAUGACCUAUGCGGCGGCUUCGGUGGAGGAUAUGAGGGAGGCGGUGCGGCGGUUGGGGAUGGCGCUGCGUGAGGUUUUUGGAUUAGUUUAG